AUGCUUGUUGAUGAGGAAAUGCUCGGUGGUGUUGGGGUCGAGUCUCUCGAGAACGAUAAAAACUACAAAAAUACAGAUGCGAUGAAGAAAUAUUUAACGAAAACUGUAAAAUGCAGGAGAAAAGCAAAUCAUUGUCAAAAGUCAACAAUGUCCUGGAUUUUCUUGAUGGGCUCCUGGUUUGGUGAUUGGGAGGACGACAUUCUGAACUAUGACUUUGCUGAAUUCCCAUAUAAAAUUUGGAGCCAUUUGAUUCACAGGUCAAUAGAUAACGAUAAUAAACAUCUUGCCAACAUUAUAGCAUACACUUUAACAGACUUUCAUUGUAACUGUAAACAGCCAAUAGUCUUCAACAGUAACCACGAGAGAACUCCAUUUGUUGAAUAUGUUAUACCCAUGUUUAAAUACUUAUCUAUAGAAACCGGUUAACUUGAUUUCUCGUGGUGUGAAAAGUUGGUUGAAACUCAAAAAUACGCACAAAUCGUUGAAGUUGAUCAUGAUACAACAAGUACAUAUAGGAAAUAUG